AUGCGCUCUAUCAUACUGCUCUUGGCGGCUGUCGUCAGUGCCGCAUCAGGUGGCACAUUGAGGCAAGUAGAUCAGAAUUGGGAGGUUCUCUCGCCCAUCCCAAUUGCACCCCGCCAAGAGCAUUCCGUUGUCGCACUCUCCGGUACCAGACUCGCCAUAGCAGGAGGAAUUCUACCAAACCUAGACAACGGAGUUGGCUUCAACACAACGGCAUUUAUACAAUUCUACGAUAUUCACACCGACUCGUGGUCCGAGCCAAUUGACGCCCCCAUCGAGGUCAACCAUCCCAACGUUGCCGCCGUGGAUGGAGAAAUCUUCCUUUUAGGGGGCCUGGCAGUUGCAUCGGACGGGGCUUGGCGUGCCUUCGCCGACUCGUGGAAGUACCAUCCCUCCACUGGCGAAUGGACGGCACUGCCGCCUAUACCAGCGGGGAAGGCAGCCGGCAGCGCGACCAUUGGCGUGCUGGGAAAUACCAUCGUCCUAGCUGGCGGCAUGCGGACACUGGAGCCUAUAGGAGUCGAAGGAGAGCAGGACACGGUCGACUUCGUAUCGAUGUUCGAUACCAAGUCUUGCACCUGGAGCCAUGUCCCGGAAGCGGCAAGCGUUCUGCCCGAGGGACGAGAUCACGCUGCUGGCUCCGUCAUCGGCAGUAGGUUCUACGUUUUGGGCGGCCGUCUACGUGGCCAGUACAAUGUCAAGGAUACCGUUUUCGUGUUGGAUGUCGACGACAUGGAAGCCGGGUGGACGACUCAAGGGGCAAGAAUGCCUACAGCGCGUGGCGGCGUGGUAGGAGGAAACGUCGGAGGGAAGGUCUAUGUCUUCGGUGGCGAGGGUAACACAGCUGAGGGCUCCGACGGCGUGUUUGACAACGUUGAGGUCUACGACGUCGAGUUUGAUACGUGGCAGGAACUAGGGCCUAUGAGACUUCCCAGGCAUGGUGGUGCUGCUGCGACUGUUGGUGGGAAGAUUUACCUGCCCGGAGGAGGCAUUAGGGAGGGCGGUAGUCCGGUUAAUGUGACCGAUGUAUUUAUUGUUACCUAA